GACCCAAGCCCAGCUACGAAGGGGGUGCCUCUUUCCUUACCCACGCAUAUUGAUACCAGCUGGAAGGUGAUUUCACGCCCCAUUUUGACUCAACCCCCUCGUGCCUGAAACCUGACUUUGAAUCUUCCGAAAAGCAAAGGUGCCACCCUGAGAAAUAAACCCCGGCGGUUUGGGGACGAAGAGACCUGAGAGCGUUCACCUCGGUGUGCUUUGAGCCCUGGGAACGAGAGCCAAGGUGCCACUCUCUCAGCCACUGUUGGGAUCCCCGGAGAAGAGAAGAGCUUCCCUGGUGCGGGUCUAUUAGGAGGAAGGCGGUAGAGAUGGCGGCUUUCGGAGGGACUUUCCCUGCCGCCGGACCCGAGCCUGGCUCCGACCCGCGGCGGGAGCGGCUUUGGACCCGCCCGGUGGGCGCCGCUUGGCCAAGCCCGGCUGCAGGAGGGACCCCGGCCCGGCCCUGACCCGCUGCCCGCUUGCUCUCUCUUUGCAGACGCCCGGAGCGCCCCUCUGCCUGCCCUCCAACCUUGGAGGCACCAUGGGCAUCCUGGACCGCUUGAGGAAGGACUGGUUCAUCCUGGGCAUCGUCCUGGUCAUCACCGUGGCCAAGCUGGAGCCGGCCUUUGGGGUGAAAGCGGGACCAUUGAAACCAGAAAUCACCAUCACAUACAUAGCUGUGUCAGCAAUAUUCUUUAACAGCGGGCUCUCCCUGAAAACUGAGGAGCUGACAAGUGCUUUGAUGCAUGUGAAAUUGCAUCUUUUUGUCCAGAUCUUCACACUCGCAUUCUUCCCAACAGCAAUAUGGCUAUUUCUUCAGCUGUUAUCUAUCACACCUAUAAAUGAAUGGCUUUUAAAAGGUUUGCAGACCGUAGGCUGUAUGCCACCUCCUGUAUCUUCAGCCGUGAUUUUAACCAAAGCUGUUGGUGGGAAUGAGGCAGCUGCUAUAUUUAACUCUGCAUUUGGAAGCUUUCUGGGCAUUGUUAUAACUCCAUUGCUCCUGCUGCUUUUUCUUGGAUCCUCAUCAUCUGUGCCUUUCUCAUCAAUAUUCUCACAGCUGUUCAUGACUGUUGUUGUUCCACUCAUAAUUGGACAGAUUGUCCGAAGAUACAUCAAGGAAUGGCUUGAGAGAAAGAAGCCUCCAUUUGGUGCUAUCAGCAGCUGCGUGCUCCUCAUGAUCAUCUAUACAACUUUCUGCGAUACAUUCUCCAAUCCAAAUAUUGACCUUGAUAAAUUUAGCCUGAUUAUAAUAGUUUUCAUAAUAUUUUCGAUUCAGCUGGGAUUCAUGCUGUUAACGUUCUUCUUUUCUACAAGGAAUUCUGGUUUUACACCAGCAGACACAGUGGCGAUUAUUUUCUGUUCUACUCAUAAAUCGCUAACAUUGGGAAUACCAAUGCUGAAGAUCGUCUUUGAAGGCUAUGAGCACCUAUCCUUAAUUUCUGUCCCUUUACUCAUCUAUCACCCAGCGCAGAUCCUCCUAGGCAGCGUCUUAGUGCCGACAAUAAAAUCUUGGAUGAUUUCUAGACAAAAGGCACUGAAAUUAACAAAGCAGCCCAAAGCACCCGUGAAGGUAUAACAAUAGAAGAGGUCCAGCGAAUGUAUAUAUGUACUAUUUUGUACAUACACAGAGAGACAAUUUGGAAGACGGGCAUAUUCGAAUGUCGCUUCAGCACUUAACAUUAUUUUUAUAAACACAAAUAUAUUUAAAAUAUCUAUGAAAGUGCCUUAAAAUAUAUUUGACAAAAAACAUUGAUUCCAAAAUCAGAUGGCUGGUUACAAUAAGAGGUUGCACACAACUGGGUGUGUGUGUGAGGUGUGAUUUUGAUUUUUCUUCCUGACUGAGUAGUGAAAGACUGAAGCUUCCGUCACCACCUCAGAGGCAUUGAGUGCAACUCCACCAAGUGUUUCUCUUACACCCUUCCCAUGGAACCAAGCAAAGACUGGACAGGGGUUGUGCUUUGUGCCGGAGAGUGCAAACCAUUCACACCUGUGUGUUGGUCCCAGACAAAACAAAAGGAGGACUAUUCUCUUGCGAUUAGUUGCAGGAAAGCAGUUCGUGAAGUUCCAGUCAAGACUAACUUGAAUUUCUGUGUGAUUCCAUAACCCUCUCAACCCGUAUGAUUGUGACAUGCCUUUUUCUUCUGAGUUUGUGUACACUCAGCAUGGGGCCAUCCGUUGGAAAGGAAUUGAAAAGCAUAAAUUAUUUGCAUUUGUUGACACAGUUGUCUAGACAUUCCUUCAAAGCUAACUGUUUCUCAAGACAAUUCUCUCAGUUCCAUUUUUAUGAUAUUGUGGCAUUGUACGUCUUAAAUGCGCCAUGGGUUUCUUCAAAGAGACGGGUGCUUUAGGGUAGUGCUUAGGGCAGUAAGGAGAAAUCGGUAAUCUGAACGCACUGCUGUAGGGAUAUUUUAGAUAUAUAUUAUUAUUACUGUUAUCUCAAUCUGAGUAAAACGUUAUCCCCUCUUUCUCCCAAAAUGCAGUACUCUGUGCUCUCUAGCGAAAGAAGAAUAUUUGUCAUUGCCAUUACAAGAACAAUUUCCAAGAUUUACAAAACCCUGUUGUUUGUUGCCCAAACAAAAGCAAGAGAGGGUGGAUAAUAUUGACAUUUUCGUGACUAGUACGAAUAUCUAUAUUCUAAAGCGAAGCACAUUUAUGAAGGGCAAAGGUUUAUGGUUAAUUCGACAAUCAGGUAUAUCUUGUGGGGAAAUUUUUUAAAAAGGGAUUGAUUUUCUUUACUUGUUUUUAAGAAGGAUCAAGAAAUAACUUGUAUGAUAAUGAAUUUAGAAGAGGAAAACAGGGGAAAGGGAUUGCAAUUUACUACUUCAGUAAACAGUAUGCCUUAUUUUUUAAGACGUCGCCAUUAAGCUAAACAAGAUGGCGAGAAGCAAAGGCACAGAUACAACCUCAGCAGUUUGGGGGCCAUGUGCUGUCAGACACAAAUUGUUUGUGCAUCUGGGAGCUGAGGCGAAGAUAUUGUAUGUCAAAUUGCACAUACAACAGAUAAUAAUAACGCAGUGGCCAGACACUUUCACUGCCCCAGCAUCAAUGUAUCCACAAUCUGGUGCAAGCAGAAAAGCCUUACUGAACCACAGUGGCAUCUCCACUACCUGUUGUAUGCAUAUGCUCCAAUUUUCAUCAGAGGAGAAAGUAGUGGCAAAGUGGUAUGUAUCUCCUAUCCGAGGGCAGCUGUCUAUAGAGUUUGCCUAUGUCUGCUAUAGAGUCUGUUACUUUUUCAAUGGAUAGGCACUAGUCAUGUACAUUCGGGACUUACCUUGAUUCUUUUCGUGACCCAGCUUUCUGCAGGGGCCCCGAUCCAUUUUUGUUUGAGCCUCCCGAAAUCAGGAAGUCAGAUUUUUGUUUUUUGUUUUUGGGGCUGAAAGAUCUAUUUUCUUUCGGCCCAUUAUUGGGGGGGGGGGAGGCUUCACCCGUAGGCCCAAAGGACCCAGGCCUAUGGGUAUAGCCUUGCUGGCCUUUGUGCCCAGGCCUCACAGGACCUGCAGCCGAGCUCUGAGUAAGGGGCGCUCCUUACUCAGUGCUCAGCUGCAGGUCCUGUGAGGCCAGGGUGCGUAGGGCCAAAGCCUGCACCCAUAGGCCCUGGCGCUUUGGACCUAAGGGUGCAGGCUUCCCAGCCUACAUGCCCGGGCCUGGCAGGGCCUGUAGCCUAGCACCGAGUAAGAAGCGCCCCAGGCAAUCAAUCUGAAAAGCAGGCUUGGAGCCGGUACCCACUCCCACCUGCUUUUUGUAUCGAUUGCAUUUUCGUUCUAGGAGGGCCUUUUCCGUUUCAUGCCAUCCAAAUGGACAGGACAAAACAGAAACAUGAAUCAAACAUAUGGGACAAAUUUUUAAGCUACCCCUGUAAUAGUGCCUUCACUCCAAGGAUCCCAUUGAAAGAAUAUCCAGUUCUCCAUAGAUCUAAUUUCCCACAGGAGGCUUAACCCCACCAUCAAGAAUUUUUUAACUGCCAGGAAUGAAUGGGAUCUUGGUCUCAGAAUUCCUCCCCAUCCAGAAGGUGCUCUAUGGCCAAUUCCAUUGAGGUGUGUGGGGUGGCUUGCUUUAACAAGAGCGCAUGUGUGCAUUUGACUGUACAUGGAGCUCGGGGAAUAACGGCAUUGAUUUUAACAUGGUCACCUCUGUCCAUUUCAGCGGAAAGAAAGAACACGUUCUUGGGGACUAGCAUUCAGCUUUAAUGUUGAUUCUUAACUGUACACACAAGUUGAAAGGCGUUCCGCUCCCGCUUCCCUCGCAGUUUAAUCAUGCUUUAUUGGGAUUAACUGUCCUGUUCAGAUAAUUUUAUUUGGUGCCAAGCUGAGGUGCCUUAUGUUAGCAACAAAUUGAUAUCAAAUUGUCUCGUACUGAUGUCAAAAUGAUAGACCACUUUUGCAAAGUAAAGAGAUUAGUCCUGAAUGAUCACGGUACACAAUCUGGUAAAAUUGUAAGCACCCAUUAACAGGAAUUAAGGUCAGUGAAGUUUAACAUGCCAGCAAAAAGCCUAGUACAUUCCUCCAAUUAGGUUGCCUCAAUCAUGUAUAGGUGCAAAUAGCCCAUAAUUGUAGAACGGUUUUAUCACAUAAGGGUUUUUUAAAAAAACAGCAGAGUACAUAGAGACACAGCCCAAACAAGUCACAAGUAGGGUCGUCUGCAUAAGUGGAUAAAUAUGUUUUUGCAUGUAAAUGACAAAUUCAUUUGAUUUACUCUUGGUAGCUCAUUAUAUAACACUUGACUCAUUGAUUUAAAAAUACCGGCAGGCAGAAAGAAAAAAAAAAACAGACUAUGUUUCUCUUUAUUCCCACAUAUCCUUUUCUGAGCCUCUAAAACACUAAUGAAGAAAUCUUUUGGAUAUACAGUAGAGUCUCACUUAUCCAACAUAAACGUGCCGGCAGAAUGUUAGCUAAACAAAAAAUGUUGGAUAAUAAGGAUGGAUUAAGAAAAAACCUAUUAACCGUCAAUUUACAUUAUGAUUUUACAAAUUAAGCACCAAAACAUUAUGUUUUACAACAAAUUGACAGAAAAAGCAGUUCAAUAUAUGGUAACAUUAUGUAGUAAUUAUUGUUUUUACGAAUUUAGCACCAAAACAUCACAAUGUAUUGAAACAGCUGUGGAUCCGGAUGGGAGGUAGACCGAGUUGGAUAAUACAGAACGUUGGAUGAGCGAAGGUUGGAUAAGCAAGACUCUACUGUAAGUAGAGGGGAAAAUAUCAAACCGAAGAGUUUUGUGAUUGGAGAUUUACAAACAGAUUGUAACAUAUGGUGAAUUUAUCUUGUGGCAAGUUCUGAGGAAAUGAAGGGAUUUGUGGAAAGUGCAGGUGUUGCUCAUGUGCAAAUUGGAUCAACUUUUCCUAGCUGUUACACAUCAAACAUUCCUGGCCAAUGGGUCCCUAUUGCUGCUAAGCAUCUAUCCAUUUUGUCUGUUCUGUCAUUUGAGUGAAGUCUGCUCUUGAAGAGUCACGACACUGCUACAGUUCCAACAGAUCUACCUCGAAUUACUUCAAUAUCAUCAGCUCAUUAUUCUAAAUUAUGGAUAUUUGUUGCAGUGAUUUCAUUGAUAUUUUAUUGUAUUUAAGACUGAUCUGGGGAAUGAUCCUCGGCUAUCAUGGCUUCUGGAUCAUGAAAGCCUAAAUAAUGUUUCAUUUCGGUCACUUUCUGUUUAAAUGAAUGUUGGGUGAAUUGUUUUCAAUGAUAGGUGAGUGGGGUGAAAUGAAACAGAAGGACUUUUUUUAGUUCAUACUUAGUAAAACUUAAUUGUUCAUAUCCAAAAUGCGACAUGUCAUGUUUAAACACUGUUACGUUGUUCAUUUCAUGCCUUCGACUAUAAAAGGAACUCACUGGGUGUUAGUUACAAAAGAAAUAAUAGGCUAAUUUAUGCUGCAAUUUAUUUUUGUAACAUGGAUCUUUCCUCCUCUUUUUUGGGGUAAAGUUUUCUUUUGGGUUUUUAAAAAAGCUUAUAUAAACAUUUUUUUAAAAAAAAUAAAAACGACUGAUUGAAAGCCA